AUGACACUUGUUUUUCACAAAAGGCCGAUAUUGCUGAGUGCAAAAACGCUGCAGUCACUACUGGAUAAGUACAGUACUUACUCAGAUGAGAUAAAACCAUCAGGAACAGAUGAGGAAAGGUACGAAGAGUAUCUCAGUGCUGCAAAUUUGCUCUCUGGAAGCAUAGAGACAAUCAAAAUGAGCAGAAACGCUCUUCAGGCAUUGAUAGAUAAGUUGCAAAAAGAAUAUGAAGAAGCAAGAUCUAAGGGAAAUAAAAAAGACCUCACAAAUGAAGUUGAGGAGAUUGAAAAUAACACGCAAUUCAAUGAAAGGAUUGCAAAGGCAAACGAAAUGGUAUAUAUACUAAGUGCCAGGGUCACAGAAGCACGGAAUCACAUGGGAAAACUUGCAAGGAAGAUGGGAAUAACUCAUAGAGAGCUCACAAAACAAAAGCCUGCAAGAAUAAAUGAAACUCACGCAGAUCAGCAGACCGCAACAGAGUCAACUGCGACUGAGGAAACCGAAGAAGGUUCUUCACAAAAUGACGCCAUUUGGCUCUCGGAAGACAAUUCAAAUUCCGAAAAAAGUAGAGAAGACGAUGAAGAUUUCAUAUGUCGUACUCUCAAACCAAGGCAACUAAGUUUGCCACGAUUCUACGGGGACGAAGAAGAGUUCCCUGAAUUUUGGGCAAUAUAUGAAACGCUCGUUGACCAAAGUAAGGUUUUAAGUACAGUCGAAAAAAUGCUGUUACUUAGAGAUAGCCUCAAAGGGAGAGCAGAAACAGCCAUAAAAGGCAUACAAUUGAUCCCACAAAAUUAUAAGUGGAUGAUUAAUGCUUUGAAAAAUAAAUACGGUAAUAAACCGACUAACAGAGCAAAAAUAGUGCAAAAAUUAAUCAAUUUGCCAGCAGCAAAGAAUGAUGCUGAUAGCUGUAUGAACACGUUCGACAAAAUUCGAAUGCUCAUGAAUCAAAUGGUCUCUGCAGGCCAAAAUAUACCACAAAUGCAAGAUGCGAUGUGGACGGAGAAAAUUUUGGAGAAAUUUCCUUACACUAUAGUGAAAAACGUUCUUGUUACAAUUCAAGAUCAAGAUGAAGUGAAAAUAGAAGAUGUAAUGGAUCAUCUUGAGAAGGAGAUUAAUGCAAAAAAGUUUGUAGACGCACGCUUAAAAGGUCGUGUAAAAUUUGAAAACCAUCCGAACCGAAGACAAUACGGUGUGGAUGUUACAGAACCCCCAAAAUUUGGAAAAAUUUGUCGUUUUUGUGACAACUCAAAUCAUAUAUCAGCGAACUGCCGAACAAUCACUGAUAUUAAAUCAAGGCGAAAUAUGGUGAAAGAAGCCAGACAAUGCUGGAAAUGUUUCUCAGAAGAACACAGCAGUUAUGACUGUCAGAAACCAAAUUGUCCUAAAUGUGGCAAAAUGCACGAUGUAAGCCUUUGCAUUUCCACUUCAAAUGAUGGUAACAGGACAAGAUGUAGCGCUGGUGACCGAUCGCGCAAUCAAAGCUCCUCCAAUACCGUACCAGUUCCAAGAAAUAACACUACUACUCGGAAUCAAUACGGCAAUGGCCGCAAUAAUGGUAACGUCCGCAACAAUCAGCAGACAAAUCCUCAUACAGCUGAUCACAGUACUAACCACUCAGCCGAAGGUUCCGUGUACAUUGACAAAAGAAAAGAGCAAGUAGUCCUGAUGACUGCCGAAGGAAAUGUUUGGAAUAAUAACACCAGACAAUUCGAAAAACUCCUGUUUUUCUUUGACACUGGAGCUCAAAAAACCAUCAUUAGAGAGCAGACCGCAAGGGAAUUUGGUCUUCCAACUCAGAAAACCGAAAUCUACACAAUGUCAGGUAUAGGUGGACAUACCGAAAAAUAUCAAACAAACAUUGUCCCCCUCAAAAUCAGCAAUGCCUUUGGCAAGGAGAUCCAUAUGACGAUUCAAACCAAGCCAAUUAUCACUAAUGACUUUUCGUCUGUACGUCUCAACGAUGCAGAUAAACAAUACCUCCAAGACAAAGAGAUUUGCAUAAACAAUCCGAGAGUUCGCGGUGAACAUCAAAACCCGCAAAUAUUAGUCGGUCUAGAUAACUAUUACGACCUCGUAAACACAGCUGACACUAUAACUUUGCCAUCUGGUUUACGCAUUGCGCGUACGGUAUUCGGGCCAACGGUACACGGCAAAGGGUCAAUCAAUUCGCAGCAAGAAGCGACAACGAUAACACAUGGCCUCAGCCUCGUUCAAGAACAGAAUGAAUCAGAAAUUCUACAGAAGUUGUUCGAACUAGAUAGUUUAGGAAUAUCAUCAGAAGAAUGUGAUAAGAACGAAAACACAUUCGAGUACUUCAAAAGCUAUUCGAAAUCAAUAUCGUUUGAAAACGGCGUUGUAACCGUACCCUUUCCCUUGAAAGAUAAUGUCAUCGACCUAACGGAUAAUUACGGAAUAGCGUACCGUCGAUUGAUUUCGUUACAAAGACAACUAUCAAAUAAUAUCCACCAGCGUGAGUGGUAUAACAAAAUAAUGAACGAUUAUAUCCAAAACGGAGUUGUCGAAUUAGUCCACGGACAAAAUAAAAAUUCGGCCGGCACUUACUACAUGCCACAUUCCGGAGUUUGGAAGCCAGAAAAGGCAAAACCAUUGAGGAUAGUAUUUGAUGCUUCCUCUAAGAGAGUCGGACAGCUUUCGCUGAAUGAUGUGAUCUACACAGGAGAAUCCUUCGUGAACAAAACUCAUGAUGUUCUAGUUGCAAGUAGAACCAGUGGAAUUAUUCUUUUAUGCGAUAUUGAAGCGGCUUUCACGCAAAUCAGACUAGUGGAAGAUCAUAAAGAUUUGUGUCGGUUUUUAUGGCUGAAAGACAUGAAUAAGCCUCCAAAUCGAGACAACAUAGCAGAAUACAGAUUCAAUCGUUUGCCCUUCGGUAACACCUCGGCACCAAGUAUUCUUAACAUGGCCAUUCUGGCAUAUUUAAAUCACAAGAAUACUCCGCUCUCACUGGAGAUUGCAAAAAAUAUUUAUGUGGACAAUAUUCUCUUAUGCGCCACCACCAAAGAGGAAGCACUGGAAAAAUAUACUGCUUCAAAGAAUAUUUUCCGUGAAAUCGGCAUGAAUUUACGAGAAUAUAUUUCAAACUCUGCUGAAGUUAACAGAGCUAUCCCAAAAGAGGAUAGAGCGCCCACAGACAACAUAAAACUUCUUGGCGUCAAAUAUGACACCAAAUCGGACGAAUUUGUGAUGAAAGUUACAAUUCCACAAAAAGAAAAACUAACCAAACGCGAUAUUGUAAGCCAAAUAAACUCGAUCUAUGAUCCCGUAGGCCUCGCAAGCCCACUGAUUAUCAAACUGAAGUCUCUAAUGAGAGAAAUUUAUGAUACAGGGAUAGAAUGGAAACAAUACGUUCCGCAAGCGCUGUGUAUUAAAUGGAAUUCUGUAAUACAAGAGAUAAACAAUGCAUGUAUAAGGGUCAGUCAACCAUUGCUACGUUCUCCCACGUCUCACACCUCAAGAAUUUCCUUAUGGGUGUUUUGUGACGCCAGCAAAAUGGCAAUAUCGACAUGCGCAUAUCUGAGGUGCGAAAACACUAAUGAGAUCACUUCAUUGAUUAGUGGAAAGAGCAAGCUAACACCAAAAAAGAUCCAGCAGACUAUACCACGCUUGGAAUUGUUGGCUAUCUUAAUAGGACUGCGAAUGGCGAAAACCAUUCUUGAUUCAAUAAACAUUGAAAUUAUUUCCGUAAAUGUCGCCAGUGAUAGCGAAAUAGCACCAACUCAAAUCGAAGUCAAAUCCAUCCCAGUACAUCUAUUUCAUGUUCCAACACAUCAUAAUCCAGCAGACGUUGGAACUCGAGGCACAACGGCAAGCCUCAUCAGUAAUCAUGAUUGGGUGAGAGGACCCAGAUGGCUAGAGCACGACCAGCAAACUUGGCUUAUUCGAUCCAUAGAUAACCUCAGCUGUGAUCAGUUUUACGAAGAAAUAGAGGACAAUCAACAUGUGAAUGUUGAAACCACAAACGAGUCAGCGGAAUCAUCCCGUUUAAUAAUAGAUCUAGCUCGUUUCUCUCGCUACAAAACAGCUCUUCGAACAUUCUCAGUUGUUGGAAAAUUGCUGAGUAAAUGGGUGAAACGGUGCAAUUACACCAGGUCAACAUCAAUUACGCUAAACGUACUCUCCCUCUAUACAAAUGAAGAUGUCAUUGCUGCGGAGGAUAUGGAGAUCUCUGAGAAACUCAUCUUAGCAGCUAUUCACGAAAACAUCAACGUGCAAAAAUUGCAGAAACGAUUCCCAAAUCAGAAGAUUAUCAGAGACGAAAAAGGUAUCAUUCGAUACAAGUCACGCAUUCAGAACGCCAAUUUGCCAUAUGAUGCAAAAAUGCCAAUUUUCAUCCCGAAUUACUCGGAACUAGCCAGGCUAACCAUUCAUGACCUGCAUUAUGGAAACGCACACUGCGGCAAAGAACAGAUAUUAGCGCUGGCAAGACAACGAUUUUGGAUUCCCCAGCCAUCUAGAAUGAUCAAGAAAUAUCUGCGUACAUGCAUUACGUGUAAGAAAUGCCACGGAUUGCCAUAUGGAGCACCAGAGAUGCCACCAUUACCAACAGAUCGGGUAAUAGUAACCAAACCCUUUGCCAAUGUUGGAUGCGACUAUAUGGGACCAUUUGAGUCAAACGUCAAACAGAAAAUGUACGUCUGUUUAUUCACAUGCCUCACUACCAGGGCGGUGCACCUUGAAGUGGUCGAAAAUUUGUCAGCGGGUGCAUUUUUAAGCAGCUUCAUCCGUUUUAUAUCUCGAAGAGGUGUUCCAAAACUCAUCCGAACUGAUUGCGGAACGAAUUUUAAAUUGGGAUCAAAAGUGAUUGAAAAUUUGUUCCUAGAAAAUGAUGAAAAUGGUAGCUCCGUGAUGAGCUACAGUGCCUCAGAAGGCAUAAAGUGGAUUUUCAAUCCACCUGCUUCACCAUGGAUGGGAGGCGCAUGGGAAAGAAUGGUUGGCUCCGUGAAAAGAUGCUUUCAAAAAAGCAUUGGACGUAAAAAAUUGUCAUUUGAACAAAUGACUACAGUAAUUUCAAGAAUUGAAGCGAUAAUUAAUACUCGUCCGUUGACAAAAGUAAGUGCAACGGAUCUUGAUGAAAUACCAAUAAGACCUAUCGAUUUCCUACAAGGAAAUCUAAAGUACUCUCUUCCAAGCACGCAGUUACACUGCGGUAAUGGCGAUACAGUAUAUGAUCCCGAGUUGCUUCAGACAGUUGCGCAAGCACAGGAAGCAUUAAUGUUUUCGGAAACGAUCGCUACAGUAUUUUGGGAGCGAUGGAACAAAGAGUAUCUUACAUCCUUGAGAGAUAACCAGAGGGUGCUACUAAAACAACCGCGGCAUGUGACAAAUACACCGCAAAUUGGAGAAAUUGUACUUAUUGAGCAAGAAUUUCUUCCACGUGGUAACUGGAUGUACGGCAAAGUACUAGAAACAGUACCAAGUGCAGAUGGUUUUGUAAGAUCAGCGAAACUCCUUACGCCAAACAAAAGAGUUAUCCAAAGACCACUCAACAAGUUGUAUCCCUUAGAAAUACGUAGUUCUGUGGGAGACUCACAUCUAGAACUCGAAAAAGACUCCACUUCUGAGCGGGAGAUACACCAGAAAGAAAGAGUAGAUUCAGCAGAAUCAUCUUCCCGCAGAACUCGUCCAACUAGACAAUCGAAAACACAUGCCUUAAAAGUCAUCCAAGAAUUUGAAAGAAGUCUUGACCGACCUUCUACUUCUUCAAGUAGACAGGUAUCCACAUAUCUGCUGAUGGCUAUGUUGGCAUUAUCAACUAUAUGUCCAGUGACAGCGACAGCACAUGAGAACAACUCAAUAAAGUGCAACGAAGGAAGAGUAGAAAUAGUGCCUCCUUCAUCAAGAUUUGAGCUUUGCAUCAACGCAAUGUGCAGAAUUAUGUCUAACGUAUCGAAAUCGUAUAUAUUUGAAUUGGAAAAAUCAUCAUUAGAUGAAAAUAGCACGAUUACGUUACGCUCUGAAUGGGAGAGCUCAGUGGUCUUCUCGACUAUGCAGUGCGAACCACCAGACUUUUGCGAAAAAUCGGCCUUGCUGAUGAGCAAAGAUCUUAUAGGUAAUCCUCACUGUUGGCCACUUGGAGCCAUAAUCACCUUAACAGUGUUAGUUUACCUUUCGAUCAAUAGCAUCAUGUUGAUCAUAUGGUUAAUUAAAUGCACACGAAAUGCAAAACGGAAAGAAACUCCGAAUUCCACAUCCGAAGAAGAAACAAUUCCAAUGAGAAAAUUCAAUCCACAUCCGAUCAAUAUACCGUCCGCCUUGUUGAUUUGUGUCACACUCUUGGCACUAGCAAGCAAGGUAAUUACUUGCCAGCAUGGAUAUAUGAGGCAUAGUGUAGAGGUAGUCUGCGAAAAUCGCGGAAAUUGCACUUAUAAUUACAACGAGGAAGUUCUAUUCAAUAGAAUCAACUCCAAUCUUUGUAUUCAGCUUAAUCAUGCUAACGAAACGAUCGGACUUAUAAAGAUACGUUCGAGACCAAUGAAACUGUCCUGUUCCAAAGUUUCAUUAUUCUUCACUAAAGAGACGAAACUCAAGAUCUACCACACAACGAGAUGCUCACAAAUGGGCUCUUGCACUCAGUCUAAGUGCAGUAGAACUAGGCUGGACGAAGUAAUUCCUGAGUUCAAAAGAUCAUCUCCAUAUCCAGGAUACUCAAUUUGUGGUAACACAUGCGGCGAUAUAGCAUGCGGUUGCUUCCUACCAUUUCCAGCAUGUACGUUUCUGAGGAUUGCUCAUGUUCCGAAGAAGACGCAGACUGUUUUGAAGUAUUUACAACCUUAUGUUACACAAAAGUAUGAUGAACUGUCACUGACAGUCAUUUCUUUGCAAAAACCUCAUUCUCCAUUGAUGGACAAAAGAUUCGCUGUAACCCCAAUGGAGGCGAUGAUGCUAUCAGAUCAUUAUCAACUUCCCGUUGAAUGCGAGUCAGAAGCAUCUGCUCUCGAUGCCUUUGUGAACUGCACAAAUCGCAUGAUCUGUUCUUGCGAAAAUAUGAAAGCACCGCAAACAUGUCAGUGUCCACAUGAUUCAUUCCAAAAUUUGAGGAAAGAAGUGUCAAAUGUAAUGCCCAUACGCACUCCGUUCACGGAAAUCUUCAGUGAUAGCAAAGAAAUCUAUGCGCUCUCCAAGCAAGGAGAGAUCACUCUCGCAAUAGAAUCCAAUUUGCUUAUUGGCGGCACUGAGUUCAUAAUCAAUCAACCAUGGAACACUCUUGUACCAUCCAAGAAGCAAGAGAAAUUUGCUCUCACAGACAGAAGUGCAAGAGCUACAUGCAAAGAAUUCAUUACUUAA